ACUAUUGAAAUAUCAUCAAAGCUGCCGUUUCACUUAUAAUAGACUUUAACUUUAAUUCACCACUUAUUAAAUAUGAAUACUGGGAGCAGACGUGUUGAAUAAGGUCAAAGUCUUGUUAAGAGCAGAAGAAAUGUCCAUUUUCCCAAGAAUAUCUCUGAGGCCAGAAGUCACUGAUUAUCUUAAGAGUGUCUUCUUAAACAAGGAGCUGUUAGCUGCAGUGGGCCAUCAGGAGGCAGAAUGUCGUUUCCAGAAGCUGCUAACAUGCCUUUCGCACCCCCCCUCAUACACUUGUGUACGGGCCAGCACUCAUCUCGCCCCCCUGGAAGAGAUCCGACAUGAGUUAGGGGAAGAGCUGAAGAAGCAGCAGAUGUGCAGCUCAUCAUCAGAGGAGGUCUCCCUUCAGAUUCUUCCACACCCGCGCAUUCCAGAUGUGCUGCUCCUUCCUGUUGACGGCCCGAGACCUGUGAAGCAGCUCAGCUCAGAGGUGGUGGUCGGUGCUCAGUGUGGGACUGCUGUACUGAGAGGCGCUCAUGUGUUCGCCCCGGGGAUUGUUGCCAGCCCCAAAUACAUGAAGGCUGGUGAUGUCAUCUCGGUGCUCUCUGACCUGGAGGGAAAGUGCACCCGUGGGGCUUUGGGCUUCCAGGGGAAGAGAGUGUUUGUGGGAAAUGGAGUUGCUGAAAUGGACCGCUCCAGCAUCUUCCGCACUGAUGGACCUGUCAAAGGUAUAGGUGUCCGUAUGACUGAGCCACUUUAUCAGAGUCCCUCAUUUGAUGGCGUUCUACCCAGCCUGGUGUUCCUACAGAACCUUCCCUCUGUGGUCGUGGGACACGUGCUCGGGCCUCGUCCUGGAGAACGGAUCCUGGAUAUGUGCGCUGCACCUGGAGGGAAGACCUGCCACAUCGCUGCACUCAUGGGAGAUCAGGGUGAGGUCGUGGCUCUGGACAGGAUCAGAAAUAAGAUUGACCGCAUUCGUCAAAAUGCCCAAAUGUUGCAUUUGCGCUGCAUCAAAGCUUAUUGCUUCAACAGCACUCAGGCUGUUAGCAGCGACCUGGCCCAGGAAGCUGAAGGACCUCCCUUCCCCCCUGAGAGUUUUGACCGGGUUCUGCUGGAUGCUCCCUGCAGCGGCCUCGGCCAGAGACCCAACAUGGCGAGCACCUGGAGCCUAAAGGAGAUCUGUUCGUACCAGCCGCUGCAGCGCAAGUUAUUCCAUGCUGCGGUGCGGUUGUUGAAGAAAGGUGGAGUCCUGGUGUACAGCACCUGUACGGUGACUCUGGCGGAGAAUGAGGAGCAGGUAGCCUGGGCGCUCGAUACCUUCCCCUGCCUCACGCUUCAGCCUCAGGAGCCUCACGUCGGUGCUGAAGGCAUGCUGGGAGCCGGCCUAUCACCUGAGCAGCUGCGCCUCCUGCAGAGGUUCAGUCCCGAGCUGAGCUGGGACCAGACUGAUCCGUCGACUCCGCUCCCCUGCAGAGCCGACAGAGACACUAUAGGCUUUUUUAUUGCCAAGUUCCUGAAAAACUGACUGGAAGGCAUGUUUUCUCUCUCCGUCAACACGCAGGACGGCACCGCCAACCCUCACACGAGACUGCAGAUGGGAACAAUAGUGUUUAUAUUACGACACUCUGUGUGCUUUGACGGGGCAGUGUUGACAAAGACGCUCACUGUGCUGUUUACAGCAUCUGCCUCUUAACAGCUGCUCUCUAAAACUGCGGGCCAUAUAGGGAUAAGCUUUAUAAACACUGAGGGCAGGGGAGCUGUGCGCAAGGAAGAGAGAGAGAGAGAGAGAGAGAGAGAGAGAGGAGGGGAGGGUGGGGGCAUGUGGGGAUGGAGAAGGGGAGAGACUGAAUGAGUAUUGGCAAAUGCAGCAGUGCUAGCGUCGCCAUAACAACAGUGACGACACAGCUGCCAUGGUGACAGCGGAUUCGCUGGAUCUCAGAGUGUAGAUCAGGAAGUAGCGUGCAGAAAGAGGUCAUGAGAGGUAUUAACAAUUUAGUGUCUUUUCGCAGCGGUGAAGACAAGCAGGACCUCUAAUUAGUACUUCUGCUGCUCGGAAGAGAGAAAUUAAGCUGGUGUCUCCUUUCUGAAUCAACACUAUGAAAUUGCAGUUAUUUUGUCAUCAUCAAAGUUCCUUUAAAAUAAAGUUUUUUCGUCUCUAAA